AUGGAGGUACUCUCCCCUCGGCCUGUGAACAUCCAAAUGCAGCCUCCCAAGGCUACGAAAAAGUUGAAGCCGGAGUCGAAACCUAGAUCAGAGGAGAAGCCGACCAACCCUGACCGGAUCGACGACAAAUGGCGACCUCCCUCCACCAUCACAGAACCCGGCCCUUCCCCGGAGACCUAUAUUAUGGGUAGAAAGCUUGGAAAAGGAGGUUUCGCUGUGUGUUUCGAGGGCAGAACAUUGAGGACGUCUGAAGUAUUCGCGCUCAAGGUUGUCAAAGCCAAGGUGGAACAAAAGAAGAUGAUGGAGAAAUUCCGCACCGAACUCCAGAUCCAUGCCAAAAUGCACCAUCCGAACAUUGUGGAAUUCCUGCGUGCAUUCACCAUAGGCGAGCAUACUUAUGUCGUACUCCAGAUGUGUCCAAAUGGGAGCCUGACGGAAAUGGUCAAGGCGCGCACAUGCCUGAGUCUUCCUGAAGUUCGCAGGUUCAUGAUCCAGAUCUGUGGAGGAGUGAAAUACAUGCAUAAACGGUCGGUCAUCCACCGGGAUCUGAAGAUGGGCAAUAUAUUUUUGGACUCGCGGAUGAACAUCAAGAUUGGCGAUUUUGGCCUGGCUGCUGUCAUGGCGGACGAGCAGGAUCGAAGAACAACACUGUGCGGGACACCCAACUAUAUCGCGCCCGAAAUUCUGAGCAAAUCCGGUAACCGAGGCCACGACAACAAAGUCGACACAUGGGCCGUGGGCGUCAUCGCCUAUGCCAUGCUCAUGGGGACACCUCCAUUCCAAUCCAAAACCCAACAGGAGAUCUACACCAAGCUACGGACGCUGGAGUAUGAGUGGAAAAUGGAUAGCAAAAACUACAUUCCCCAGCAGGCCAAAGAUUUUGUUGCUUCAUGUCUAAACCUGAAUUCAUCGGAAAGACCAGAAAUGGAUGAGCUUGUCGGGCACGAGUUUUUCACCAUGGGCGCCAUUGCCGACGAGCUCGACGUUUCGACCCUGAAAUCCAGUCCUGUAUGGCUCGAGAAUGCAGACCCUCGUGGAGAUAGGGUGAAGGCUGGCUACGGCGUCAGUCAUACGAAAAUAUGUCGAGAAUGUGGCGUGGGAGUGGGACCAGAUGGACGCCCUCGGCCGGGAGUAGGCGUUGGGGCAAACAUCUCUGCUCUGGUUGAGAUAGAGGUCGAGAAUCGAGAGGGAUGUGCCCCUGUUAUUCCAUUACCAGCCGGCGUGCUGUACAAGCAGUUCUCUGACGCCCACGCUGACUGGCUUGCCCGUCAGAAGCAUCCCCUGCUACCUACGCGGGUCCGGAGCCGCAAAGCAAUCGUCGACCAGGAGGCCCCGCAGCCUGCAACAAAUGAAGCCGAUUCCCUGCCUAAAGCUCCUCCAGUUCCAGCCACUUCAGCAGCCCGUCCAUUUCAAAGCUUCGCCGCCCAACAACGUCAGCAAGCGUUGCCGGUCGGCCUACCUCGGAGAACAGAGCGGACCCAAGACGACGCUCACAAGCACAAGGAUGUUCCUGUGGAAGAGCCUCAAUUCCAGGCACUUUUGAGAGAACGGCCAGUCAGAGCAGCCACCAUCCGUGCAACUAGAAGCACCACACUGCGUGAGGCGAUCUCAUCAUCAUCAAAGACCUUGCCUCGGUCGAACACAGUCCCUGAUGCAAUGGCCUGUGUCGCGAAACAGAUGGAGGGCAAUUAUCUAGACGCAGGGCGGCGUAAAGCCAAGGAGGUCCUCACACUCAACCAAAAAACUUCAGGUGAAAUGUUUACCAGGAAGCCGAUGCGGUCAUGUAUCGCGGCGGAUAAUGCAACCACACGCCCACCGUCCUCGUCAUCUAUUUCUUCGGCAUCCUCUGAAGAGCUUCCGGUUCGGGUACUUCGCCCAACGGCUGCCAACGAUCGAAGUCUGAAGGCCAACAUGGAGGACAAGCAGCGGCAGCCUAUAUAUCCGCCGCAGCAGGCUCGCGCAGGGUCGGAGUCGUCAGCAGAACAGAAGCUUACGCAGCAAUUACCAAAGCACCAACCCAGGAUCAUCUCUAGCCACGACCCGGCACUCUCUGUGCCCAAUUCGAGGAGCAGAGACGUGAUCCGAUCGCUGCGCUCUUUGCACCAAGCUCUAGAUAGCCGGACAUAUGACGAGGCUGCGAAGCGACCUCGAUCUGGCUACGGCACACGUAAAGCUCGGGCGAUAUCAACAUAUCCAAGAGUGGAUAAAUGGGUUGAUUAUUCGACCCGUCACGGCAUUGCCUAUAUUCUCUCGGAUGGCACUGUAGGAAUGAUAUUGAAGUCUUCGAACGACAACUCGAUUCCCAGCAGCUGUGUGGUGAUCCGAGAUGCCAGCAACCAUACGAUUCGGCGGGCGAAAGGGCUUGAAUAUCAAUUCGUGCCUCAAGGGAAGAAUGCUCAUGAUGUUGAAUUUUACGAGCAAAGCGACUACGAGUGCGGGAUGAAGCGGCUAGACGUCCCAGCACGCAAGUUUCGGCUCGACCUUGAACGACAUUCCAGUCAGAUGGCAGCGGCGAGUGCGAUUCAGGCGGGGUUGAAUGGUAGCGAAGCGGAGCGGAUGAAGGAGGUGGCACUUUUGGACAAGUUCGGCAAGUACAUGAACAAGGCCAGCGGAGGCUCGGGCAGUGACGGCAAAAAGACCAAUAAGAGCGAGCACUUUGUCCACUUCUAUCAGCGAGUCGGCAACGUCGGUGUGUGGAGGUUCGCAGACGGAGGACUACAAUUCAAUUUCCCCGACCAUACCAAACUUACUCUCUACCGGCAGAACUUGACGGACGACAGUGCCAGCGACAGCCAGCAACUGCAGCAGUACAUGGUUGAUUGUGUCUAUCUUGUCCCCACCGACGCAAUCAACGUGGCUCGCCAUGGGCUGAUCACUGCCGAAGCAAUGGAGCGACGAGACCAACUUAGUCUUCCCCUUGAAGAUAUCAUGCUCAACAUCCUUCGAAGAUCAGAGAUGGAGAUUAUUCGCACGAACGAGAUUCGGGAUAAGCUGAGCUGGAUCCGAGCCGUGGUAGGGUGUUGGAUCAAAGAAGGAGGGCUGGGGUGGAUGGGAGAAGAGAAGCUGGGUUGGAGCGGACUACAAGAACGACGCGACGACAAAAGAAUCAAGUUACAGUGGGUGACAGUCGGGCGGUAUGGAGGAGAUGGUGAGGGAAAGCAGUGA